GCUUUGUUUCGCAGGGCAUCCCGCGCUGAGAUUUGUUAUCGGCGGUCUGGGGUAAGAUUCUCUUAUAGCAGGUUCUUGCCAGUUUGACAUUUGUUUCUUCAACCCUCCUUCGAUACCCUUCCAUCAAUUGCUUUCUCCCAAUUUGCCAUUACGUAGUCAGAAACAAUGUUGCGCUGGUACCAGUCCAAGCUCGCAAGGCAGCCUAUCCUCACAACCAGUAUUAGCAGUGCUGUACUUUUUGCUACCGGCGAUGUUCUAGCCCAGCAGGCAGUCGAUCGCAAGGGCCUUGAGAAGCAUGACUUUGCAAGAACAGGGCGCAUGGCUUUCUACGGUGGUGCGAUAUUCGGGCCGGCCGCCACGGUUUGGUUUAGUUUCUUGCAACGCAAUGUCGUAUUCAAGAGUAACAAAGCUACAAUCGCCGCGCGUGUGGCUGCUGACCAAGGUCUCUUUGGUCCACUCAACAUUUCCUGCUUCCUGACAUCAAUGGCCGUCAUGGAGGGCGUUGAUCCCAUCGAGAAGUGGAAGUCGAGCUUCCUCCCGGUCUACAAGGCUAAUUUGACGGUCUGGCCUAUGGUCCAGACCAUUAACUUCGCAUUUGUGCCCCUGGAAUACCGAGUGCUUUUGGUGAACUUUAUCAGCUUGGGCUGGAACUGCUUCCUAAGCUUGAUUAGUAGCGGCGACAAAUAGUUUGGUUGCUUCUCUUCUGGAGGACUGUGUUUAAAGAUACCCGAUGUCACACGACUGAUACACCUCGGUUUGGCUGCAGACAUGCCCUCACACCUUUCCCUUCAUUCUCAAUCCACUUACCACCUACUUUUUCACUAUUCACUUGACAACAAAAUGCUCACCGAUAGAGGGUUGUUCCGGGUGUACCAAAUAGAUCCUUUGUGGAAAGCGUGCAUAUGUUGAUAGAUUUCAGCGGCAGGAAUGCGGGACUACGGCUUUAGAUUAGGCAUUUCACUUAGAAAUAUUAAUUAUCCAUUCUUCCUAUUCUC